AUGGAUUUGUCUAGAAGACGGGCCCCCAAGAGGAAGGAUAACCGAAUCAUUCUCCACUUCGACUACGACUGCUUCUAUGCCUCAGUCUAUGAGAACCGGGACCCGCGGCUGAAGGCGCUGCCGCUGGGCGUGAAGCAGAAGAACAUCCUCGCGACGUGCAACUAUGUCGCCCGCCGGCGAGGUGUGAAGAAGCUCAUGUUCAUCACCGAUGCCAAGAGGAUAUGUCCCGAUUUAGUAAUCAUCGAGGGCGAGGACCUGACGCCGUUUCGCGAUGUGAGCAAGUUGCUGUUUGGAUUCCUGAGAGGGUUCUCGUGGUGCGGCAAGGUCGAGAGGCUGGGGUUCGAUGAAGUCUUCAUGGAGCUCGAAGAUGUCACGGAUAUCGUCGACUACAACAUGUUCUGUCUCAACAGGGCGUCGUUGUCCGAGUCGUUUUUUCACCUUUCCAAGUCGGAUCCUGAAAAUGGAUUCACCUGCGAUAUGACAAAAGUCGCUGGGUGCGUAUUCGGAUCUACUCCCGAGCUGGGUAAUCUCGACGAUGCGAGCUAUGUUCGGCUGCUUCUUGGGAGCCAUUUGGCUUUUCAUCUGCGAAUGAAGCUGGAAGAGGACUUCGGCUUUACGGCUUCCGUCGGGGUGUCGACGAACAAGCUGCUUAGCAAGCUUGUCGGCAGUGUGAACAAGCCGCGAAACCAGACGACGCUCAUGUCUCUCACCGAUACUGUUGUCGAGGAGUUCAUGGACGCGCACUCGGUCAGAAAAGUACCCGGCAUUGGGUUCAAGAUCUCGCGCACGCUUGAGUCGAAAUACCUCGCGGCUCAACCAGGUCCAGAUGAGGCAGACAGAGAGACGUCUCCCCUGAAGGUCCGCGAUGUUCGGGUACACCCGGACACGGCGCCAAGUUCCUUGGAGGAGCUCCUGGGCGGUCCUGGGUCAGAGCGUGGCGUAGGCGAGAGGGUGUGGGGUCUCCUGCAUGGCGUCGAUGAUACGGAAGUCAAGGACGCGAGCGACAUUCCUUCACAGAUCAGCAUUGAGGAUACGUUCAAGGGCUUGGAAACAAUGCCUCAGAUUGAGAAUGAACUACGAAAGAUUUCUGCCUCGUUGGUCAGACGGAUGCGGACAGAUCUUUUGACAGACGACGACACAGCGGAGCCUGGAGGCCAGAGAUGGAUUGCCUAUCCAAAGACUCUGCGACUUUCUAUACGAUCAUGGCCCGCCGACGCAACGCCAAACUUCCAGCGCAUCUCCAAGUCUCAACCUCUCCCUAACUUCAUCUUCAACCUCAAAGAUACCCCCGAGUCCAUCGCAGAACGACUCACGACCGAGAUCCUCCUUCCGACGACGAAGAAGUUCUACCCCGCGAACCACAAGUGGAAUUUGCAGCUGAUGAACGUGUGCGUGGCGAACAUGGCCGCCAGCGGAAGCGAAGCCGGUCCUGGAGUCGGGCGGGACAUUUCCGUCAUGUUCAAACGGCAGGACGAUGUGCUGCGGCAGUGGAAGAUCGAUACUGCCAUCGUCGAGGACGAGCAGCCUGUUUCUGACGAUUCGCCUGAUGAGGAGGAGUUGGGCGAGUUCGAUGCCGGUGAUUCUUGGGAGGAUGACGAGGAGACGGCUCGGUGUCCCCUGUGCGGACACUGUAUUCCUCCCUUUGCUUUGGCUGCUCAUGCUCGAUACCACCAUCUAGGCGACUGA